GUCUGCCAGUGCACUGAAGUUUCUCUCGUGGAGUAAGCUCCUCUGCCAUGAAAUGCUUUCCCUCCUUUUUUUUUUUCCUUACAGCACUGUGAGCGUCUGGAGUGAUGAUGUUGUGGUAUAAUUACAUAAUUACACAUAAUUACAUGAUUUCUUUUUUUUUUUUUCCAGUUACAAUUGCUUUCUCAUGCGUUUUUCAUUUGUGUAUGGCUGAAUCUUGGCAUUGUGCAAAGGAACGUGCCUGUCUGUGUGCAGAGAUCCUGUGGGGACAACAUGGGGCUCAGGAGGAAACGUGAAGGUGGGAGCGGGGAGGAAAAAGUGCCCUGAACUUCAAAGCUCAUCUUUGGUUUUCUAAUCUCUGAAAAAGAGCAGUCUUGUGAUCUGGGCUUUGGUUUUUCAGAUUAAAGUAGCCGCUAGGUGGUAAACUUGCUCCUUCCUCACAGGAAGAAUGACUCACGAAGGCAGCUGAUCAGAAUUUUACUCUGUGCUCUUUUUCAAGCUUUCUUCUUCUCACAUAAUGUCCUUGUGCUGGUGGUGGAGCUGAAGCCAAGCCUUGUAGCAGACAGGGAAGAAAACGUGUUUUGGAAACAUUCAGCAUGCUCUGACUUUUUGGAAGAUGCAGGUUUGCAUGCUGGAAAAGCUUCUUCAAGCCCCCCGCGUGGCUUAGCAGCAGCCAGGCGGGCACUGGGCAGGCUUGUGGUCGCUGCUGCCGUUCUGUACCUCUGGGCUGGUGCCUUGCGAGGGGACGGGGAAGUCCUGCUGGUGCCAAGGCAGCGCCAGGACCGGCACUCCAGCGAGCAGAGGAGCAGAUGUACUGCAUGUGAGAGGUGAUGCUGAAGCACGGACUAAGAGGAUUCUGCAGUAUCUGGUGUUGAUUUGUAUACUGCAAGCGAUGGAGCUGACACUGGACUAGGGGUGGUUCUGUUCUGCCAGGAUGGCAGUGGGUGCUCUCGCUUCCUGGUUGCAGUUGCUGUCAUCAGAGUCACUUCCAGGCGUUACAGAGCCAACUUCUUCAGGUUUAUUUCGUUGCUUCCCUUUGCCUGAUUGAGAUGGAAAAAAAUGCCAGACUGAAAAAAGUAGAAGAGAUUAAUGGAAGCAUCUCCAGCAGAAUGGCUUCUUAUGCCCGCAAGCCCUGGGAGCACCUGGAGCCUUUUGGUUUGGAAGUUCUGGCCAUGGAUCAAAAAGGCUAUCGACGAGGAAGUUUCCAGAGCAGCACCAGCGAUGAAGAUAUGCUAGAAAUAGCAGGAGCAUCUCUGGACUUCCCCAUGGCUGAUGAUGACCCACCACUCGACAGAGAGAUGGGAGGAUUUUCCUCAUAUAAUGGAGGAGAGAUGAACGGCACAAGCAAAAUGAUGGAUUUCCUGGAGGAACCUCUUCCUGGUGUGGGGACCUAUGAAGAUUUUAACACUAUAGAUUGGGUGCGAGAGAAGUCCAGGGACCGGGACAGGCACAGAGAGAUUACCAGCAGAAGUAAAGAGUCAACAUGGGCCCUGAUACACAGUGUGAGCGAUGCUUUUUCUGGCUGGUUGUUGAUGCUGUUCAUUGGGUUGUUAGCAGGUUCCUUAGCAGGUCUGAUAGACAUUUCUGCCCACUGGAUGACAGAUUUGAAAGAAGGAGUGUGUUUAGCAGGCUUCUGGUUUAACCAUGAACACUGCUGCUGGAAAUCAAACACUACCUUUACAGACAGAGACAAGUGUCCCGAAUGGAAGAGCUGGUCACAGCUUAUUAUUGGCCAUGGAGAGGGGGCUUUUGCAUACAUUCUCAACUACUUGAUGUAUGUUAUCUGGGCUUUGUUAUUCUCCCUUCUUGCUGUGUUACUUGUGAAGGGCUUUGCUCCUUAUGCCUGUGGCUCAGGAAUUCCAGAGAUCAAAACUAUCUUAAGUGGUUUCAUCAUUAGAGGCUACUUGGGCAAGUGGACGCUGAUCAUCAAAACCAUUACCUUAGUGUUGGCGGUGUCCUCUGGCCUGAGCUUGGGAAAAGAGGGCCCCCUGGUGCAUGUUGCCUGCUGCUGUGGAAAUAUUUUGUGUCAUCUCUUCACCAAGUACAGGAAGAAUGAAGCCAAGCGCAGAGAGGUUUUAUCAGCAGCUGCAGCUGCUGGUGUGUCUGUAGCUUUUGGUGCACCGAUUGGAGGAGUGCUCUUUAGUCUGGAAGAGGUCAGUUACUAUUUUCCUCUCAAGACACUGUGGCGUUCCUUCUUUGCUGCUCUGGUGGCUGCCUUUACUUUACGCUCCAUCAAUCCUUUUGGGAACAGCCGCCUGGUUCUCUUCUACGUGGAGUUUCACAUGCCAUGGCAUCUUCUGGAGCUUGUGCCAUUCGUCCUCUUGGGAAUAUUUGGUGGGCUUUGGGGAGCUUUCUUCAUUCGCAGCAACAUUGCUUGGUGCAGGCGACGUAAGACAACCAAACUUGGUAAAUACCCUGUGCUGGAGGUGUUUGUAGUGACUGCCAUCACAGCCAUCCUGGCCUUCCCUAAUGAGUAUACCAGAAUGAGCACCAGUGAGCUGAUCUCUGAACUCUUCAAUGACUGUGGGAUUUUGGACUCUUCCAAGCUCUGUGAGUAUGUGAAUGACUUCAACAGCACCAAAGGGGAUGACCUGCCAGACCGAGCUGCUGGCCCAGGAGUUUACACAGCCAUGUGGCAGCUGGCUUUGGCCCUUAUAAUGAAGGUCUUCAUCACAAUCUUCACCUUUGGCAUGAAGGUCCCUUCAGGGCUCUUCAUCCCAAGCAUGGCAGUAGGUGCUAUAGCAGGAAGAUUGCUAGGAGUAGCAAUGGAGCAGCUGGCCUUUUACCACCAUGACUGGGUCAUCUUCAGUGGCUGGUGCAGUCAAGGAGCUGACUGUAUCACUCCAGGCCUAUAUGCAAUGGUUGGGGCUGCGGCAUGUCUAGGAGGGGUGACCCGAAUGACUGUGUCACUAGUGGUCAUUAUGUUUGAGCUCACGGGUGGACUGGAAUACAUAGUUCCUCUGAUGGCAGCAGCCAUGACCAGCAAGUGGAUGGCUGACGCUAUCGGGCGGGAAGGCAUUUACGAUGCCCAUAUUCGUCUCAAUGGCUACCCUUUCUUGGAAGCUAAGGAGGAGUUCUCACACAAGACACUUGCAAUGGAUGUAAUGAGACCACGGAGGAAUGAUCCUCCUCUGACUGUCAUUACUCAGGACAGCAUGACAGUAGAAGAUGUUGAGACCAUAAUCAAUGAAACUACGUACAGUGGCUACCCAGUGGUGGUGUCACGGGAGUCCCAAAGACUCGUUGGAUUUGUUCUCAGGAGAGACCUCAUCAUUUCAAUCGAAAAUGCCCGGAAGAAGCAGGAUGGAAUUGUGAGCACUUCAAUUAUUUAUUUCACUGACCACUCUCCUCCACUGCCUCCAAGCUUCCCCUCUAUGCUGAAACUCAGGAGCAUCCUGGAUCUCAGUCCUUUUACAGUGACAGACCAAACACCCAUGGAAAUUGUCGUGGAUAUAUUUCGCAAGCUUGGAUUGCGCCAGUGCCUGGUUACUCAUAAUGGGAAGCUACUUGGAAUCAUUACCAAAAAGGAUGUACUAAAGCACAUUGCACAGCUGGCUAACCAGGACCCAGAUUCUAUACUCUUCAAUUAAUGGCAGACUAGUAGGUGUUGUGUGUUAAACACAAAAGAAACUUUAUAGAAGAACCUGGAUAUUCUUUCCUAUUUUUAUUGAGACCUUGGAACUAAUUUCAGCAUUUCCUUUCAUGGAGCUGAAGAAGAUAAUUUUUUUUCUACAAGAUAACCAAUUGCACUACAUAGUCUGUGGAAAAUUAAUCUUCUUUUUAGAAGAAAAAAGACUACGUUGCUUUUGUGAAGUUGCAUUGGAAAGAUUCCAUGAAGAAGUAAAAGCAAAAUGCUACAGAAUUAUCUCUCUUCUUUUUACUUUAUCUGAAUUCUUGUUACUAAUGUGGGGAGGAAAGACAAGGUGUAUACCUUCAGAAAUUUUGAAGGCAGAUGAUUUUUGCACACAGUAUUAAGGUGGUGGCGGAAGGAUACAGUUGUAACUCAGGGGCAGUGUAUUUCCAGUGAGCCAAUUAGUGAAAAUAAGAACCUUGUACAGUCAAAAAAAAAAAAAACUUAUAAAAUUGUCAGGUGGUUCUGUAACGAAUUCCAUAUAAGAGCUCAACCCCUCAAUUAUCGAUAUUGGCUAGCUAAGAAUGUUUUGCUGAGAGAAGGAAAAAAAAUCCCCCAGCAGACCAGUCGUCUUAAGACUGGGUUCACUUUUCAAUUGGGAAAAAGUUUAUUUUGAUUAAUCUUCUGUGAAUGUAUUUAAUUACUGUCUGAUGCUAGCUUGCUAGGAGAAUCCCGAAUAGGAGACAGGAAGAGUUGUAUUCUUGUCAUGCUCUCUUUUUUUAGAUAUGUGCAUAAGGAUUUCUUCUUGAUUUCUCUUGAGCAUGUAAUUAAAAUUGCACAGACUGAAUCCUAAAUUUCUGGCUUUACUGCACUUCUAAGUAAAGUCUGAUCAUAUUAGUUAUUGUGCAACUGACCUCUUCCUUAAUCAGCAGUGUCUUAUGUUGCUGAGGAUGUCUUAAUGGAGACUCCUGGGCCCAGAAUGUUUACAUGGAUGCAUUUUUUUGUUCCCUGCUACUCUCUUCAGCCCUGCACCAAACUCAGGCUCGGAUCCUGGCUCUAGGAUUGAGAACACUGCCACUUUAUGUAUGUUUGCCACUCGAUUUCUCUUGUUUCACUAACUAUGCAAUAAGAACCCUGCCUGACACCUGUCAGCAACAUAACUUGUUCCUGAGAGUUGCUCCGUUCCAAGUCUGUGCUCCUUGAAUCCCUGUUCCAAUUAAUUUUCUGUUAAUAAAAUUGUGACAGUUAACUGGAA